AUGUCACAAGUGAAGGUCGAACCUUAUUAUGGGGAAAUACCCAUUGAACAUAACAAUAAUGAGCAGCCCCUUGGCCCCAUUCCCAUGAAUCGACAACGGCCCGACCCUUCGAUGAUGGUAGUUGGAUCCGGCGUCAAUGCCUUCGCAUCAGGAGCAAACGCUUUGUACAGAGGAGCUGCAAGUGUUGGCCAAGCGUUCGGCAUUAAUCCACAAGCGUAUGAAACUCCCCUUUUCAACGUUGCUAGCCAGUUUUUGGGACGAAAAUGA